AUGACCUUCAAGCUCAGACAACUAACCAGUUCACCCGUCCCGUUCUCGUGGGAUAGCCUGACACCACCGCCCAGUCCCAAAGCCGCGUCGGGUCCAGAGGUUGCUUCGCUCCCUUCGCCUCCUACAUCAUGGCUGUCUGCAAUAGACAUGAAAACGUACGGGCCAGAGCCGCUCAAGUCGCGGAUAGGCAUUGUCAAAUGCUUAGAGUGUGGAAAGCCCGUACUGCGGAGUGCCAUUUCAGAACAUGCUGGCAACUGUAAUGACAUUCGCUCCGGUAAGAAAUGGGCCAAAGGCAAGGUUGAUGAGGUUGAGCUUAAGAAAGGCAAGAAACGCGAUGGUGAAGAGAUAGAAGACCCUGCGGAGCCUAACAAGAAGAAGGCCAAGAUUACCAAAGGGCGCACGAAAGGCCCGGUUGACUACGACAAACAGUGUGGUGUGAUCAAUGACAAGGGCCUGCCUUGCUCUCGCUCGCUCACUUGCAAGGCUCACUCGAUGGGUGCCAAGCGGGCGGUAGAGGGACGAUCAAAGUCAUAUGACGAGCUACUGCUGGAUUGGAACAGGGCGAACAACCCUAACUGGGUGGAGCCGGUCAAAAAGGAGACGAAGGCGGAGAAGAAGGAGAAGAAGGAGCGAGAGAAGGCAGAGAAGAAGCGGCUCGCCCAAGAGGCGGCAGCAGCUACAGGAGGGGAGGUGGGCAAGCCGAAGAAAUCGGCGAAGAAGGCGACUUCCUCUGCUGUUGCGGCGACGGACUCGGGGAAGGGUGCGGAAGGGGACAAUGGAGCGGAGAACUUGGACGAGAUCGACUCUGAGGCGGAGGUGGACGCGCUCGUGAAGGGCAUCCAUGAGGCGCGGGCAAAGGGGCAGGUUGGGAUGCCCCUGGCUGUCCCGCUGAACGCGAGCUCGUGGUUCGUCGCGCGGCGGGAACGACUACGGAACUGCCGUGAUCUGCUUGCGACCGCACUCGCGCCUCCGAUGGGACGCAACGGGAUUGCUGCAGGCGGCGGGAUGAUGAUGUGAACGGACUGAACGGACUCGUGGAUUAUACCCUGUACAAUAGUAGCAUAAGUAUUAUACAUAGUACUCUGGUCGUGAAUGGUG